AGGGCUCAUGCCAAGGAGUACUUCCCAGAACUUCUGCUGCCAGUGUCCUUGUCCUCACGGUGAGACAUAGCCACCUCCUGCCUCUGCAGGAGAGCCUCCAAUACUAGCAGACACAAGAGCAGAUUUUUCUCAAAUUGUUGAAUUUGGAAGUCAAUUGAGGUCCUACUGGGAAACUUGAUGAUAUUGUGGAGUCCUCCUGUGGCUGGAUCCCCCUGGAGUUUUAAAAUAUCAGAUGGGCAUAGCAGAGAGAGAGAGAGAAAGAGGAGCAUCUCCCACAUCCCUCCCCGAAACUCAGUCACCAGAGUGCAAUCUCCAUUCUUCCAGUUUUCAGAAGGAGGAGCUUCCACUUUGGGUGUCCUGGAGACCUAUAACACAAACUUAAAGUGUAAAUGCAUCCGAGAGACCUUCAACUUUGUCCCCAUUUUGCUCAUUGGAAAGCUUCAAAUCUUGCCCCCUGGGAAUGGAUGUCCAAACACAGAAAUCAUAGCCUGGAUGAAGAAUAAGUCAGUUAUCUGCUUGAACCCUGGAGCCAAAUGGACACAAAAACUAAUGAGAGUGUCAAGAAAAAGUGCUUUUUCAACUUCACCAGCUCCAGUGUUUAAGAAAACGAUCGCCUGAUGCCAAUAUUACCACCAAGAACACCUGCAUUCCCCCUUCAUUCCUGCCCUCAGUUUUAGUUUUGUGUUUGGUUGGAUGUUUUCUGGGAAAAAGAUCUUCCCCAUCUGCUCAAGUGUGAGAAUAUAUGUACAAAUAACCUUGCAGAAGCUGAUGGGGCAAACUUGAGAUUUUUUUGAUUACAGUACCCUACAAACUUAGAGUUUGCAUUCUUAGUCAUCAAGGAGGAAAUUUUCUUGAAGGAUAGUUACUGAGUUAUAAAUGAUAUAGGUUUCUUUCAAAAAUAUACCUGUUGUUGAAUGCUGAAUUUCCCUACAAAAUAAGAGAAUGAGAAUUUAAAACUCAAAUCUGAACAUGUGGCUUGAAUUAAGGAGGAAAUGAUGGAAUGCAUUUCAAUCAUUUUACACCCUAGGAAUAGCAAGCUUCCAUAAGAGAUUUUAAAAGCUGCCUGGGAAACCCAUGGAAUUUCAGCCUUCCAAGAGACAGAGGGUUCACAUAAUAGAUAUCCUUCAUUUAAAAGCUCACUAUUGAGAGGAACGAGAUCCUUCUUCUGCUUUUAAGGAGUUCCUUUAUAAGAUUUAUUGUCACAGAUAAAAGCUAAUAACAUUCAAAGAUCCCCAGACUUAAAUUCAUAGAAUAUUCAGGAAAAGGAUUUAAAGGGUGAUAACUUAGAUGUAUUCUUUUAUACAUUGGCUUUGAUGAAUUGUUUUUUUACUCACAUCUUUU